UUUUCUUUUUCUUUUUUUUUUUUCUUCUUCUUUACUUUUCAUUUUUGUCUGUUUAAUAAUGACUGAGGACCAAGGUGCUUCUUCCAAUGAACUCAUGUUGGCUUUAUGUCGAAAUGACCAAGAAGAAGAUUUAGAAAAAUUAUUAGAUGAAGGUCAAUGCGAUAUCUCUUUUAGAGAUGGAGCAGGAAAUACAGCAGCUCAUUAUGCUGCCAAGUCUGGCUCAAUUGGCUGUCUUGAAGUUCUUGUUAAUUACGAUGAUAUUGACCUGGAUAUGAAAAACUUACUAGAAGGAGAAACACCUUUACACAUUGCAGUUCAAUAUGCUAAUGAAGACCAUGAAAUGGCGGCUGCCAUGGUUGAAUUAUUGUUAGCAGCUGGUGCUAAUCCACAAAUUGAAAAUCGUAACAAGUUAACCCCUAUUAUGUUGGUUAACCCUAAAUAUCAAGAUAUCAAAGCAAAAUUAGAGGAAGCAAGUGUUUCAUAUAAUAUGGAUGAUUCUGACAUUGCAAAUGACGAUGAAUUUGAUGAUGCUGGUUCUGCUUCAGAAGAAGAAUGAUAUGCAUAAAGUAUAUUUUGUACAUUGACAGACAACUGAAUAAACAAACGUUCAUUUAAAUAUAAAAAUAUAUCACUGAAACAUGAUUAAAAUAAAUGUAUACAUCUACAUAAACAUAUACUUUUAAAUAUAACAGAAA